AUGGGGCACCCCAAGCUGCAACAGCCCCGAUUGCCGUUAUCGCCUCCCACGAUGUCCACCACCUCCGUCCUCGAUGGCUUCUCUCUCCUGCCUAUGACUCCUCCAGAUCUGGUGGAUGGGCUUCCCUCGGUGCACCAGGAUGCCGCUGCGGUAACAACAGCCAUCCAUGUCAUAUCCACAGAGCGUGCCGCUCUUGCCAACCUAGAGCAGAUCUACCAGACGGACCGGCUAGCGCAGGAGAACCUUGCGCGGGCUGUCAGUCAGAUCGUCCGCACCGUCCGAAAUGGCGGGAAAUUGGUCGUCUGCGGCGUGGGCAAGAGCGGCAAGAUCGGACAGAAGCUGGAGGCGACGAUGAACAGUAUGGGUAUUUACAGCGCAUUUUUGCAUCCGACGGAAGCUUUGCAUGGCGAUUUAGGGAUGAUUCGACCGCAUGAUACUCUUUUGGUGAUUUCGUUUUCCGGCCGCACGCCGGAACUGCUGCUUCUGCUGCCGCAUGUUCCCUCGACUGUACCCAUCAUUGCCAUCACGUCGCACAUGCAUCCGGAUACCUGCCCGAUCUUGUCCUUUCAUUCGUCCGACAUGGGUAUCCUCCUCCCAGCUCCGAUCCACGAGGAUGAAGAGUCCUCGCUAGGUGUCCGCGCUCCGACAUCGUCGACGACAGUAGCGCUGGCGUUGGGAGACGCAUUGGCUAUUGCCACCGCACGACGACUGCAUAAUACACCCGGUAGAGGUCCCGCCGAGGUCUUCAAGGGGUUCCAUCCCGGCGGCGCGAUCGGAGCUGCCUCCGCUGCGGCAGUCCUGACACCCUCCAGCAUGUCAAUAACGUCCAUCUCAUCAGACUACAUCCAGAGCGGAUCGACCGCCUCCUCGGAGAUCGUCUCAUUCCCGAGACCAGCCAGUCGCCAACAGCCCCUUAUCACAGACGUACUCGUACCCCUAGACCAGAUCCCCACCGUCUCCGCAGCAGACGAGGUCCGUCUCCUCGAUGUCCUACUCACAGCAAUCCAGCACCCCAACGCCAAGUCGUGGGUUGCCCUCUCGCCGUCGGAGAUCAUCCCGCCAAGCCAUAUCCGCUCCCUCUCGCAGAGUAGUAACGUCGACCUGAGCGCUUCCGCCCUAGCUGCCUUAGGUCUCCCCUUCUCCGUAACCCGGAGUGACUGGCUCCGUGUCUCGGGCGCCAGCACACUCGAUGAUGUCCGCCGUCGCAUCGCGAAAGCUAACGCUGCAUGCGGUUCCCGCGUGAAGGUAGUUGCCGUGAUGCACGACGAGAACCCCGAGGAGUGUGUUGGCGUUGUAGAGGCGGAGGAAGUCUGGGGUGACUGUGGUUGA